CGCUCGGCAUAAGAAAUAGUCUAGCUGCGUCAGUGAACGUACGGACAUAUUCUUAACCAUCCUCUACACGUCUCAAAAAACGGUUUUCAAUUAAUAAUUCUUUAUUUUCCUUCCUUUUAUAUAUAAAACAAAUUAAUUUUUCAGUUUUCCAGUUUUUAAAGAGUCUUAAUUUUAAAUAAUCGCAAUUUUUAUUUAAAAUUCCGUUUUUCAAUCGACCAACAAUUCUUUUGCUGUCGCCACCUUAUUUUAGAAUCUUAGCAAUUAAGGUACAAAACAGAUCGAAGGAUCGAAGUGCUUCUCAAGAACAGAAUUAGUUAAGGAACCAAGAAACCAACAAAAAUGUGUGACAGUAACCCACGCCAAAAUUUCCACGAGGAUUCUGAAGCUGGCAUCAAUCGUCAAAUAAACAUGGAAAUGUAUGCUUCCUAUGUCUACCAAUCCAUGGCAUUUUAUUUUGACCGCGAUGAUGUCGCCCUGAAAGGGUUGUACAAAUUCUUUCAGAAGAGAUCUGAAGAAGAGAAAGAACACGCUGAGAAGUUCAUGAAAUACCAAAACAAGAGGGGUGGAAGAAUCCUUCUGAAGCAAGUUGAGAAACCUGAUCAUGAUGAUUGGGGAACAGCUCUGGACGCCAUGGAGGCAGCUCUUGCUCUGGAAAAGAAGGUCAACGCAUCCCUUCUGGAACUGCACAAGAUUGCUGACAGUCAUAACGACGCCCAGAUGAUGGACUUCAUAGAAAGCGAAUAUCUCGGUGAACAGGUCGAUGACAUCAAGCUUCUGUCUGACCACAUCACCAACCUGAAACGUGUUGGCGGUGGUCUUGGCAGUACAUGUUUGACAGGCACCUUGAAAGCUAAACUCACUUUUACUUACAAGAAUGCACCAAGGCAAAGCUACUCGCAGGAAAUUCUUCGUGAAUUGAAAUAACAAACCUGCUGUCUCUCUUUUUUAUUUUUUUUUCUAAUGUUCCUCUACAAGUUUCUUAGAUGUUUUAGAAAUGGCUUCCUAAUUUUAGCGUCUAUUCUAUUCCUUGGUUUAUUGAAUUAAAAAGCCUGAUAACUGAA